CUAGUAGUGUGUAUGCACUUCCGUUUAUAAUAUAUAUAUAUAUAUAUCUUAUGUCAUUGACACAAACACAUUCUCUGUUGAAGUAUUUCUCUAUUCAUUCUUCUGAUCAUAUAUAAAUAAAUUAAUCCUCUUCUAUUUUUGAAUUUUUCUUCUUUAUUUGUUUGUUUGGAUUUUAUAUUCAUAUAAACAAGCAAUAUUGAAAAUUGAAUUAUUUAUCAAAUCACUUGAACGUUGAACAUUGAACCUUAACUAACUAUUUUGAAUUUGUGUAUAUUAUUAUCAUCUAUCUAUACACAAUGAAAGAUAUAAUAAUACUCUUGAAGAAUAUAAAUUAUACACUUAUCGUAUUUAUAACACUAUUAAUUAAUUUAUGUUUAUCAUCAAAUAACAAUAAUAAUAACCAUAAUCAUAAUCAUAAUAAUAAGCAUAAAAAGUUUUCUAAAAAAUAUAUUCAUAAUAAUAAUGCUUAUAUCAAUAAUAAUACUAAUGAUAAUGAUAAUGGGAAGAAUGAAUUGAUUAGUAUUAGUCCAAUAUCAACAGAGAAAUUGCAAAAAUAUUUUUGGAAAUUAGAACAAUUACCCUAUAUAGAUGAUUUAUGUCAUGAUGAAUAUCAAAAUUUCUAUGCUUCAUUUGACAAAUUUAGUAUCAUUGGCGGAGAUAAAGAAAAAGGAUUAUUAAAAAAACAAUUAUGUUAUAAAAAAUCAGGAAAAAUUUGUGGAUGUUUUACCACAAGAAGAUGAUACUUUUUUUGGAGAAUUAUAACAUAUUUUUAUUGAAAACUUUCUACAUUUCGAAAAAAUAAACAAAUAAAUAUGCAAAUUUAUAUACGUUCUUAUUUCGAUUUGUUUAUCAUUUAACAUUUGAAUGUUGAAUAUUUAAACUAUCCCAAAACUGGUCUAUUGUACAUUGAACACAAGUUGAAAGUUUUUGAAAAUCGUUUAAAUUUAUUGUUUAAAUUGUAUAAUGCCAAUUUAAACAAAGCAUACAUGUGUUUGUUAUUUGUUGUUUCUUGUUAUUAUCACUAUUAUUGUUGCUACUGUCGUUAGUAUUAUUGUUUAAAAUGUUUGGAAAUGUUGAGUAUUUAAUGAAUUUGAAAUAAACA